AUUUAUUAAACUCGGUGUAUCCGUUGUUGCUUUGGAGAUGCAGAGACUGAUUAAAGAGACACGACGUCACUCUUUCUACUCAUACCUGAGCCAAAGGUAACGUUGAUGGAAAGGCGGUAACAUCUAUUUCAACUCGGUUUAUUUCUAUGGCGCAAAAUUAGAACAACAGUCGCAUCAAGGCGCCUCCGUUAUUCAGGCGGGCUGACAGCUGGGAGGAGAGAGACGCAGAAACGCGGAAGUUUUUCCGCCUCAGCGUUUACAGAAAGUGAGAGAAAGCAGCGGGAGAACAGUGCCUCACACUAAGCUGAUUCACAAACACUGAAGAAUGAUUUUCCAUCAGCAGUGAUUCCUGGUGUUCACAUUUUACAUGAAGUAUUGAAGGUGGUAACUAUGACGACUAAGAAGCUGCUCAUUGAAACACUGAACCAGUUGAGUCCAGAGGACUUUGCUGAGUUCAAGUCACUCACUGAACUGGAGAAAGAUCUAUCAUCCAAGUGGAGCUGAUGGAGGAGACGUACAGAGGAGAGAGUGUGGAGGAGACCAGAAAGGCUUUAAUGAAGAUGAACAGGACUGAUCUGGUGCAGAGAUUAUCAGACAAACAGUUUCCUCCACUGAGCCAGAGAGUGGAAACGAUGGAGUCUCUUAUUGAGCUGCUUUUGGAGACACUGGCUGAUCUGAGAGGCAGCGAGGUCAGAGACUUCAUCCAGAUCCUGGGAAUAAAACGUGGCUCAAUGAGCCCCAUGAGUCUGUCUGAGAUGUCAGGUCCUGCCGGACAUGGUUAUAUGCCGGACGUGCAGGACGUGCAGGACGUGGUGUUUUGGAUGGUGAGGACUUUUGGCCAACAGUCAGUGGAGAAGAUCGUGGAGGUUUUAAAGGAGAUGAAGAGGACUGAUCUGGCUCAGAGGCUGAGAGACAGCAGCUCAGAAGCUCAAAACAAACAUCUGGAUGAACAUCUGUCUGCACUGAUCCAUAAAGUUGCAACAAUGGCAGCUGUUACAGAUGUGCUUCUAGAAACACUGGAGGAUUUGAGUGAUCAGGAUCUCAGCAAAUUCAAGUUGUUCCUGCAGUUCACUUGUUUUCAGAAGAGUCUUCCACAAAUCGAACUUAGAACUAACAGAAGAAGAAUAGUGAAUGAGAUGAUUGAUAAACUUGGUCAUCAGUCUGUGGAGGUGAUCAGGGAGGUUUUAACAGACAUGCAGAGAACUGAUCUGGUGCAGAGGCUGUCAGAGAGCAGCUCAGGACUCAAAGCUGCAGGAUCAUCAGCUGAAGGAUUUGAUGUGGAGGAAACAGAGAAAGAGAAACACUCUGAGGAUGAACGUUGGCCUGCACUGAUCCACAAAGUAGAAACGAUGGAGUCUGUUAUUGAGCUGCUGCUGGAAGCUCUGGAUGGUCUCAAUGAGCCGGAGCUCAGAGAGUUCAAUAAGAACCUGCAAGAAAUUCAUCUUCACAAAUAUGACUCAGUCUUUUCAUUGAUGCGGUACAUGAGGACAGACCUGCAGGACACAGUGUUUCUGAUGGUGCUGACUUAUGGCCAACAGUCAGUGGAGAAGACCAUGGAGGUCUUAAAGAAGAUGAAGAGGACUGAUCUGGCUCAGAGGCUGUCAGACUGCAGCUCACUGCCUCGAAAGAAACACUCUGUGGAUGAACGACGCUCUGCACUGAUCCACAAAGCGGCAACAAUGGCAGCUGUUAAACAUCUGCUUUUAGAAACUUUGAAUGAUUUGAGUGAUGAGGAGCUCAAGACAUUUAAGAGGAUCCUGCAGACGAUCCUUCCUUGGAGGAAUCGGUCAUUCUUCUCACGGAGGUUGAGUCUCUCAUCAACCAGAGCAGAUGUAGUGAAUCUGAUGAUGGAUGAACUUGGUCAUCAGUCUGUGGAGGUGACCAGAGAAGUUUUCAUGCACAUGAACAGAACUGAUCUGGUGCAGAAGUUACCAGAGAGCAGCUCAGCAUCCAGAGAGAAACACUCUGUGGAUGAACAUGGAGCUGCACUGUGGAAGAGAGUAAAAGAACAGGAAGCUGUCAGACAGAUUCUCUUGGAAACACUGAAUGAAUUCAGUCAAAAGGAUCUAAAGAAAUUCAAGCAGUUGCUGCCGUUCACGUGCUUUAAGAUGAGCCUGCCACAAAUGGUGAGGUACUGGUAUACAAACAGGACAGAAGACCUUGUGAAUCUGAUGGUGGAUAAACUUGGUCAUCAGUCUGUGGAGGCGACCAUGGAGGUUUCAACAGACAUGAACAGACCUGAUCUGAUGCUGAGGCUGUCAGCGAGCAGCUCAGGACGAAAAACUGAAAGAAGUUCAGAGCUUGAAGGUUGUCAGAGCCUGACGCAGGACUGCAGUGAUUGGACUAAUCUUGAACCUGAGGUGAACAGUACAGAUGCAGACGAGGCUCCAACUUACAGCCUUCAGUCUGCAGCAGGACACUUUGAAUGCAGAGUCUCGGGCUUGCGCUGGGUCUGUAAGGGAAAGACCAGCUUUCAGUACCAGUUUAGAUCUUGGGAGGGACACAUGGAGAGGAUGGAGAGCAGACAAUACAUGCCUGCAGGUCCUCUGAUGGACGUCACAGUCACUGCUGGGAAGUUAAAUGAAGUUCACCUGCCACACUGGAUCUGCAUCGAUGACAUCCCUGACAUAUUGGACACGUUUGCAGUCCUUCACAUAGAUGACUGUGGAAAUGUUGUGGAAAAAGUGUCUGAGGUCACACCAACACAUGUCAAGUUAACUGAACCGAUUUUCUCUCCGAGAGCGGUCCUGAUGAAACUCGGCAUUCCUGUGAAAAUCGGCUGCAACGUGUUGAUCUAUCAGACCAACACAGCUUUCCUCACACUGCAUGUUUAUCUGAUCCCACGUGAUCCUGGGCUACAGCAGGUAAUAAAGCAGAGGGAAGUGCCCCAUGGAUACAAAGCUAUCCUGAAGCCAGAUCCAGAGAAGUCCUUGAAAAUUCUUGAUCGUUUCACACUAACAGCAGAUGUGGAUGGUGCAGAAAUCUGUCCUGAAGAUUUAAAGCUCAGAUAUCCAAGUGGAAAGCCAAAUUUCUUUGAAGUUUACACUGAAAAUCCAGAUGGAAACUUCCGCCUUAAACUCACAUCAAAAAAAGAUCUUCAGCCAGUAUGGACCUGUACAGUUCGAAAAGCCGAAUACCAAAGCACUGAUCAAGCACAAGCUGCAGGAUCCUCAGUGGGAGCAGCUGCUGUCAGCUCUCAGUCGGCUGCUGCAGGAUCCUCAGUGGGAGCAGCUGCUGUCAGCUCUCAGUCGGCUGAGGAAAACACUGUGGACAAACAUCUGUCUGCACGGAUGCAGAAAGCAUUAACAGUCCACUCAGACAGAGAGAAGCUUUUGGAAAUGUUGGAAGAUCUGAAAAAGGAGGAGCUUGAAAAGUUCAAGUGGUUCCUGCGGGACCGUGAUGUUUUGGUGGAGCUCCAACCCAUCUCAGAGAGCAAACUGGAGAAGGCCAGCACCUGUGACCUGGUGGACCUGGUGGUGCAGACCUACACAGAAAAGUCUGUGGAGGUGACCAAGAAGGUUUUUAGGAAAAUUAACAGAAAUGAUCUGGUGCAGAAGUUAUCAGACAGCAGCUCAUGAUGCAAAGAAGCUCCACCCACUUGUCCCUCAAACCUUCUGUUUGUGGGAAACAGCCAAUAAGAACAAAGUUGCCUUAAAGGGAGAGGAGUAAAAAAGAAGCUUGUUUCAGAGAGGAUGAGGAGCUACAACCAAACCAAGUAUAAGAAAAAUGAGGAUGAUUUUGAACUGUGACUCAGACAAAGCUACUCGAGUACAGUCCAAAAUUAAAAAUAUUAACCUGAAAAUGAGCAUUAUAUGUAUAAUUACAUACAAAAAUAUCAUGAACAGCUUUAUGAUUCUCAUUUUGUUGAAGACGAUAAAUCCAUGUCACAGUAUAAAUGUGCCACAUAAAGAAAAGUCUUCCAGAAUAAUUUUACAUUAACACCAUAUGAACUCUGUUAUCUUCUGUCUUUUGUUCUUGUGGUCGAUGCUCAGUCUGGUUUGGAGUGAAGCCUGAAUGAGAAAAGUUUCCAAGGUUAGAAGUUACUGAGGAACAUCAUGACCUGCAUCUGUUACUGCCAUGUUUCUCACAUUUUAAGAAGUUUUGACGACUGCUUUGAAGAUAAACUGGAGAAUUUUAUACUUUUUAAUCUUUAAUAUCCUGCUUUAAUCAUUGUUUUGUGUUUUUUAAUUCCCUUUUAAGCACGUCACUAAACAUUUUAUAUUGGCUUUCUACUAAAUAUAGCCACAUAAAUACAAUUGUUCUUUAUCAAUAAAAUAUUUUUUCGGAUACA